AUGACCGGCAGACAGAAGGAUCUGCACUGGGUGCUGAGUUUGUUCCUUGUGCUGCGGAUGGUGGAGACGGUGUCCGGGGCCAGGGGCCCAUUUACAGGGACCCACAUGAGCUCCCCGUUUUCGGCCUCAGAUGUGAAGCAGACCCCCACGGUAGACUGUCGUGAGGUGUGCGGCCUGAACGUCUCUGACCGCUGUGACUUCAUCAGGACCAACCCUGACUGCCGCAGUGAAGGGGGUUACCUCAACUACCUCGAGGGCAUCUUCUGUCGCCUCCCACCCAACCUGCUCCCUCUGGCCGUCACCCUCUAUGCUGUUUGGCUGCUGUACCUGUUUCUGAUUCUGGGAGUCACCGCCGCAAAGUUUUUCUGCCCGAACCUGUCAGCCAUUUGCACCUUGCUCAAGCUUUCUCACAAUGUGGCUGGCGUCACCUUCCUGGCCUUUGGGAACGGUGCACCUGAUAUCUUCAGCGCCCUGGUGGCUUUCUCGGAUCCGCGCACCGCCGGCCUGGCCCUGGGGGCUCUGUUCGGUGCGGGUGUGCUGGUGACCACCGUGGUGGCCGGUGGCAUUGCCAUCUUGCGCCCCUUCACGGCCGCGUCUAGGCCCUUCCUCCGGGACAUCGUUUUCUACAUGGUGGCCGUGUUCCUGACCUUCACCGCGCUCUACCUGGGCAGAGUCACGCUCGCAUGGGCCCUGGGCUACCUAGGCCUGUACGUGUUCUAUGUGCUUACCGUGGUUGUCUGCACCUGGCUGUACCGAUGGCAGCGGAGGAGGUCCCUGGUCUAUUCCAUGCCAGGCACCCCAGAGAUGCUGUCAGACUCUGAGGUGGAACCAGUGUCUUCCAACAGCUACGACUACAGCGAAGAGUACCGGCCGCUUCUCCUCUAUCAGGAGACCACGGCUCAGAUCCUGGCCCGGGCCCUCAACCCCCUGGAUUACAGGAAGUGGAGGAACAAGUCUGUGUACUGGAGGGCCCUCAAGGUGCUCAAGCUGCCCGUGGAGUUCCUGCUGCUGCUCACCGUCCCAGUUGUGGACCCCGACAAGGACGAUGGCAACUGGAAACGGCCCCUCAACUGUCUGCACCUGGUGAUCAGCCCGCUGGUCUUGGCCCUGACCCUGCAGUCGGGCGCCUACGGCAUCUACGAGAUCGGUGGCCUCUUUCCUGUCUGGGCCGUGGUGGUGAUUGUGGGCACAGCCCUGGCUGCGGUGACCUUUUUUGCCACAUCCAACAGUGAGCCUCCCAGGUUUCACUGGCUCUUUGCUUUCCUGGGCUUCCUGACCAGCGCCCUGUGGAUCAACGCAGCCGCCACAGAGGUGGUGAACAUCUUGCGGUCCCUGGGCGUCGUGUUCCGGCUGAGCAACACCGUCCUGGGGCUCACGCUGCUGGCCUGGGGGAACAGCAUCGGAGACGCCUUCUCAGAUUUCACCCUGGCCCGCCAGGGCUACCCUCGGAUGGCCUUCGCAGCCUGUUUCGGCGGCAUCAUCUUGAGUAUCCUUCAUGGGGCCGCCCUCCCCUCGGCUCUGGUGGCCCAGCCUCCGAGGGCCAUGGGCGUGCUCGGCGCCCCACCCCUGCGAUUGGCCCUUGCUGUACCCCCUGGGCAGCUGGAGCCAGACGGACUGCUGGUGUGGGUCUUGGCGGGCGCCCUAGGCCUCAGCCUCGUCUGCUCCCUGGUCUCGGUCCCACUGCAGUGCUUCCAGCUGAGCAAAGUCUACGGCUUCUGCCUGCUCCUCUUCUACGUGAGCUUCCUCGUGGUGGCCCUGCUUACCGAAUUUGGGGUGAUUCACCUGAAAAGCGUGUGA